AUGUCUAAUCUCACGCCUCAAAAUUCCAUAACAGAAUCAGAUCAUUCGAGAUUAUCCGAAGUGGCAUUAAUUGAAAAAUUUUUUGCCGAAGUUAAAAAUUUCGAUUCUAAUAAUAAAAAAAAUAAUAAAUACGAAUCGAGAGAUAACGGUAUAAUAGAUGAUAAGAAAAAUUCAAUUAAAUGGAUUCCGAAUCAAACGGAAGAAGAAUACGGUAGAGAAUUGAAAAAGAAUAAAUCGAUGGGAGAGAAAACAAAGGAUAGAAAAUAUAACGGGCCCAAUAUGGCGACGAUGGAAAGCGAUAAAACGUCAUCAAGUUGCACCGCAAGUGAUUUUACGAAUAAUGUUUACACGAGAAAUGGUUACAUCCGUGGUACGAACGAGAAAAAAAUUGAUAGGGAUUCCCUUUUGAAAUAUAACGAAUUCAGCAGUUUGAUAUCAUCACUCGGUGGUGCCAACCACCAUUUACCAGUCGAAGUUAAACUCGAUGAUAAGGAUAUUAGAAAGUCGGAAGAAAAACGUCAUUGGCUCGACGAAGAAAGUAGCAUUUACAUAAUAUUGGGAGGAAUACAAAUGAUGUUGGGAAUAUUGAUGGCAGUUUUUGGAGUUUUGGUCAUUGCUCACAAUUCAAGCCUUUCAGGUGCCGGAAGUGGACUGUGGGGUGGUGCGGUUGCCAUGUUUUCUGGUCUCGUGGGUAUUUUGGCGGGGCUUAGAGGUUGUUACACGGCUGAAAAAGGUUUGGCGAAAACUUCUAGAACUCUUCUCUCCGUAUUUCUUGCUUUAUGUUUGGUUUCUUUUGCUUUAAGUAAUCUCGUUGUCGUUUUAACUGCCACUGGAUUAAUUAGAGACGUGCAAAGAUCAAACGAAUCUGCAAAUUUAGACGAAGAAGAAGUUCUCAUAAUAAAUUGGCCACCCGUUCUUGCUGAUAUCGGACUAAUAUUAGCAGCUACUCUUCAGUGCGUUGCUGCCGUUUUCUCAGGAUAUAAAUGCUACAGAAAAGUUUGUCCCUGUUUCAAAAGUCAAAGGAAAUCUUCGGUAUCCGACGUUGAUUCUUCCCAAAACGAAAAAUAUAAAACAGAAGAAAAAGAUCGUUUCGUAUAUCAUUGGUUAGGACAACAACUACGAAUGCCAGAAAAAAAAGAUAAAUAUGGCGGCCAAGAAAGUAUAAUGCCCUGGGGAACUCCAAAUCUCGUUUUAUUGCCUCCUCCUCCUCCGAUAAUAACAAAUGGACAAAUUCCCAUAUUAACAUUUCUUCAGUCACCAUCUUCUGUGUUCGGUUCUUCCGUAUGUGGUCAAGUGUAUCCAAGUUCAACAAUGCCCUGCUGUUGCAGACACGGAACACAAUGCGUGUCUAAUUCAAAUCCGAUGGUUCAUCACGAGAAAAGAUCUUCGAAAAGGGCUAAUUAUUUACAACCGGAUAGCAAGGUUCGAAGCAAACACAGAAGUAGAAGUAGAAGCAGUGUGAAUAAUGAAAGAAGAGCAUCGCUACCAACGGCAGAAGAAGUUGCCAAAACGUAUACAGGUUUGGAUAGAGAAAUAGCUGAAGAAUUUAUUAGUAUUGCUAUGGGGAAAGGAGGAAAACGUUCUAGAAACAAUAGUUUUGCCGAAUACGGAACGGAAAUUAAAAAGAAGGCUUAUUAG